AUGCCUCAGCCAUUACGGCCAACAGAUAGCUUCAACUCGUCCACGGCGACCAUUGUACCUGACAAACGAAGGGCUGACUCCAACAACAGCCGAUUUUAUCCUCAAGGAGUGCCCCAAUCCCGAGCUCUCGUCAGCACAAGUAGCUUGGAAAGGCAUAUUAAUUCUGCGUUGAGAGUCAAUGCAGGUGGUGAUGAUGGGAUGAUAGGGUUAUUACAUACUCAGACGCAAGAUAUGGGCGGAAACGGGCUGUCAGGUCUAAGCUUUAUGAGAGAAUUUAUCCAACUUCCACCGGAAGAUAAUCCACAACCACAAUCAUCCUCCUCCCAAACUCCAUCUAUACCUUCUCUUCCCCAGCAGACCAACUUUAUUCCCAAUACUCACACUUUCGAACCCGUACCAUCUCCUCAUUUCGCUCCUCCCAGCUCAACAUUCGAUCCAAUUCCUCUUCCACACGCAAAUACAUUCGCAACACUUACUUCACCCGUUGAACCCAGCCCCAAUGGUCCUUCAGACUACUUCAGGCCAUCUAGUGUUAAUUCGUACCACUCACAUGCCGCAUCGUCGGUCGACGCAUCAGAAUACUACAGCACAACAGAUAUGGAUACCGACGACGACGACUUGGCGUCCAUCCACGACGUUCCUCCUCUAGCUGUCAAAUCAAAUAUAGGCGAUUUGGGUAUGGGUAACAUCCAUUUAGAAAACAACAAUCACAAAGCGGAUAUCCUAAAUUGGAUGAAUUAUCAAACUCACACUCAAGAUCAACGUGGUAGUAUAUCACCUAAUGAGAUCAAAACCCAAAGUCAGGUCGUAUCGCCUUCCGUGAUAAAUCAUCCUCCUCCUGCUCGACGUGUAUCUUCUUCUGCAUCUAAGACGGGUAGAGCCGUUUCAAAUGUAGCUGGACCAUCGAAAGGUAGGAGGUCCACUACGAAGCGUGUGAUAGGUACGACGGAUGAAGAGAAAAUUAGAUUGGACAAAUUGGAACACCGAAGAGAUAUCAAUCGUCGAUCAGCUCAGAAACAUCGACUACAACGUAAGAAGGAUAUGGAGAUUCUCACCCAACAAUUGGCUGAGAGAGAUGCGCGGAUUCAUCAAUUACAGAGGGACCUGGAGGUGGAGAAGGCUAGGAAUGAUCAGUUGAGGAUUCUGAUGAAUAACAGAUUGGCUAAUUCGGGCGGACAAGGAGCAAAUAGCGGAUGA